AUUCCCUCCGCCGGCCCAGCGGCCCCUCUCUCUCGCCCCUCCUCCUCCUCCCUUUCCCACCCCUCUGAGUGGAGCUGCACAUGCGGCUUCUCCCCGCUCUGUCCCGCCCAGCCUCCUUCGCGCAGGAACGGGUCCCUGCAGCCCCCAGCCCAUGGCAGGACAGUAGCCGCCUGUCAGGGGUCCUGAAAGGCUGAGGCAGACGCGGCGCCUCCCGGGCCUCAGAGAGUGGGCGUCUCCGGAGGCCAUGGGCUACCCCGAGGUAGAGAGCAGGGAGCCCCUGCCUGCAGCAGCGCCAAGGGAGCAGGGGAGUCAGGGCUGUGGCUGUCGCGGGGCCCGUGCCCGGGCGGGUGAAGGGAACAGCUGCCGGCUCUUCCUGGGCUUCUUCGGCCUCUCGCUGGCCCUCCACCUGCUGACAUUAUGCUGCUACCUAGAGUUGCGCUCCGAGUUGCGGCGGGAACGGGGAGCCGAGUCCCGCUUUGGCGGCCUCGGCACCCCUAGCACCUCUGGCACCCUGAGUAGACCCGGUGGCCUGGACCCCGACGGUCCCAUCACCCGCCACUUCAGGCAGCCUUCACUUCAGCAGCAGCCGCUAGAACCCGGAGAAACAACUCUCACACCAGACUCUCAGGACGGGCACCAGAUGGCCCUGAUGAAUUUUUUCUUCCCUGAAGAAAAGUCAUACACUGAAGCAGAAAGUAGGCGUGUCCGUCGCAAUAAAAGAAGCAAAAGCAGUGAAGGAGCAGAUGGUCCAGUUAAAAACAAGAAAAAGGGAAAGAAGGCAGGACCUCCUGGGCCAAAUGGCCCCCCAGGACCUCCAGGACCACCAGGACCCCAGGGACCCCCAGGGAUUCCAGGGAUUCCUGGAAUUCCAGGAACAACUGUUAUGGGCCCUCCUGGCCCUCCAGGUCCUCCUGGUCCUCAAGGACCUCCUGGCCUCCAAGGGCCUUCUGGUGCUGCAGAUAAAGCUGGAACUCGAGAGAACCAGCCAGCUGUGGUGCAUCUGCAGGGCCAAGGGUCAGCAAUUCAAGUCAAGAAUGAUCUUUCAGGUGGAGUGCUCAAUGACUGGUCUCGCAUCACUAUGAACCCCAAGGUGUUUAAGCUACAUCCCCGCAGCGGGGAGCUGGAGGUACUGGUGGACGGCACCUACUUCAUCUAUAGUCAGGUAGAAGUAUAUUACAUCAACUUCACUGACUUUGCCAGCUAUGAGGUGGUGGUGGAUGAGAAGCCCUUUCUGCAGUGUACCCGCAGCAUCGAGACAGGCAAGACCAACUACAACACUUGCUACACCGCAGGCGUCUGCCUCCUCAAAGCCCGGCAGAAGAUCGCUGUGAAGAUGGUGCAUGCCGACAUCUCUAUCAACAUGAGCAAGCACACCACUUUCUUUGGGGCCAUCAGGCUGGGCGAGGCCCCUGCAUCCUAGAUUCCCCCUAUUUGGUCCCUGCCUGUGCCCCUGCCCUAGGUUUGGGAGCCAGGAUCCCCAGAACCUCGAAGUGCUGCUGUGGAGUGAGGCAUGGGUGUGAUGCAGCUGCAGAGAGAAAGGCCCCAAGGCUAUUUAUUCCCCAGUGACUCUAGGACAACAAGGCCUGCUUGCCUUUCCCGAAUGACCUUGAGUUAUCAAGACAGUUGCUGAAGCCCCAGGGUUUACAUGAAGCAGAAGUGGCUUCCCUGUCUCCGUGUUGACUGGCUUAAUGGCAUGACUCUUCAAUCUCAAGGCCCCUGAUAUCAAAGUUGUCAUUUGUUGCACUAAAGUGAGGGUCCUGGGAAGCAGAAAGAGAAAGCAGAGGUAUCCUCCAGACUGGGGAGUGAACCCUCUUUGGGGUGGGGUGGGGUAGGGUGAUGUGAGGUGGGAGUGGGAUCAGAGGGGAAAUGUCUGUGCUUGUGGCAGAGACCAAAAAAUAAACCUGCUGAGCAGGUGACCUGGGAAGUGGAAGCAUUCCUGCUGCUCUGCCUGCAGCCAGCCAGCAGGUCAGAGCUCCUCCCACAUAGGUAGAGCCAGUGCAGCAACUCUCCAGGCUUCGGGGACAGGAGGUUUGCUCUUCCUUGGAGUGAUUACAGGCAAUGACCACAAACCUGCCUACAUAGGAACCUGAAGCCAGGCUUGGGGCCACAUGUCUUUCACUUUGUUUACAGCUGUAGGCUCAGAAAACUCCCUGGGAUCCCUCCCAAUUGCCCCCUUUCCCAGCCUGACUAGACCUCCUAUGUCUUUCUCCACAGAGCUUACCUCUGUCUGAGACAGGUGCCUAAUCUGGGACCUGCGCUUAUGUGAUUCUGGGAUACUCUUGAGAUUAACUGGGCACAAAGAGAAUCUUCUUCCAUUUAAUAAGCAACACAAUAUUUAUCUAGUUGAUUUGUGUCUAGCAUCAAAGUGUUGGACUGGGUGACCUCCAGAAGUCCCUUCAAAUCCCAAUAUUUAGGCACCUCCUUUAAUAGCCUACUAAAAUCCCCAACCCUCACCUGCCCCUGGGCCUCAGCAAGGCAGAGCUUUUCUAUUAGACCUAGAAAGGAGAAGAGGUGGGGAUAGGACAGGGGUUUUUCAAGUGGCUUCCCUAUCUUGAAGCCAAGCGGCCAGUCACCGAAGCCUUAUCUGAAAGGGUAGCAGCUGAUGCCCUGCUUACCUCCUGUCCUGUUCUCUGGCUUCAGAAAGCCACAUAACAGCAUGGUCAGUAUGGAUUCCAGUGCUGCUUCCCUGAAUCAAGGCUUGGGAAAAGCUGGGGUCUAGGCAUUCUGGCAGGGUUCUGCCCUCUAGUCAGGCCCAAAGAUACCAUUACCACCUCCCCAAGCUUCCCAGAGAUCAUAUGGUGGGACCAUACAAGAGCCUUAUUUCUAAGUGCCUGGGCCCAACCUGGCUCCUUGGGUACAUGGUCCAACCCGAAGCUGGGAAGGCCUGUCUUAUAUAGUCUGCUACUCUUGCUUAUGAAAUAAGAAACAAGUUACUUUUGAGGAGGUGGGGAAUAGGCUUCUUUGGGCAGCUGAAGUUUACCAGGAAAAACAGGUUCCGAAGUUGUGCUUUCUCUUUCUAAGCCACUACACUGCUGGGCCCUUCAAGGAUCAGGGCAGGAGGCACAGCCAUUGUCUGGUUGCUAAUGUCAGGUGAAGCGAACAUGAGGAACGGGUUUGGCCGGGCUCUUACAGAGUGCCUUGGACAGUCCUCAGGUGUAGCAGGAACAGAUGAGAAUUUCUCCUUAAAACUUGGAGAGUACUUUAUUAUCUCCUUUGAUAUUAUAAAUCCUAUUGUUUUGAGGAGGCUCAAGAGAGUUUAAGUGCUUUGACCAGGAUCUCACCCACUGAAGUCACAGGCUGGGGCUUCAUCCAGCCAGUUUGACUCCAACACUAUUCCAUUGCACCUCAGCUUUGUGUUGAAUCUGGGGUCCUGAGGGAAUCCAAUAAAAAUGGUAAUAUAGACCCUAAAUCCAUGUGGGUUCUAGGGAGGGACCCUGAGAUGCUCAUUUUCAAGUUGUCUUGAUUGUCAGAGGCUCUGUGGCAAAAGAGUAGGGCAUUUCCUUGGGAAACAGACAUCAGACUUAGAGCUUUUGUGUCCAGAAUAACUGUCUUGACACCAGGUCCAAGCAGCAGGUACCGGUACCCACAGAACUUAAACCCCUUAUGUUCUUUCACCCACCAAAUAAACCAAGCAACCAUUACAUAUGGAGCCCCUACUGCAAGUGAGGUCCUCCUUUGUUACCCUACGGAUGGGCUGCAGGAGCUGGCCACUCCCCAUAGCUAAGUGACUCCUUAUCUCUUUCACCAAACCAUACAGGUCUUUGUACUCCCAGGGAUGGAGGGAAGAGGGAGGACUGGUUCCAAAAAGCUGUGAUAAGAGGAAAGAAAAAGGUUUCCUAAUUGUGGCCCUAAAGGACAUUCUGAUACCUAUCCUAUUCUCCAGAUGAUAGGGGAGACAGGAUUCCCAUAAACCCUUUAUUCAUUAGGAACCCUCAAAGGGAACCCGAGACUGAGGGAGGGGAGGGGGGAAGCAAUUGGUAGCUGGGGAGCCUUGCUGAAGUGAAGUUAUUGACAAAGUAGUGAAGCAAUUUACUAAUAAGAGAAUAUGGACAUAGAUUAAGCAUUUGAAUUUAUGCUGACAUGAGUUUACCAGAAGGCCAAGUCUUGCAUGGAGAACAGGACAAGGGCAUUUGUGAGCAGGUAGAUAAUAGGUUUGAAGGAGAAUUGCAUGGCAGGAGCCUCUGCCAGUUGCUUGGGCUUCAACAACCAAAACUGACACAAAAAUCAGCUGUCGGGGCUGCUCAGUUACUGGUUCCCUGGAAAAUGUAGUCUUUGCCUUAUUUCCCCUUCAUCCAUCCAGAACCAAAUUUCUUUUGCUGAGCAGGAAAGGACUAGAAACCCUGCAAGAGAAAAAGAUUUUGAUCCACACGAGAUUAUGUGCAUUUUAUGUAAGUUCUGAUGGAUGCAAAUCGAUUCAGAGAAAUUGAGUGCUAGAAAGGACCUGAGAGGAAAUCUAGCCCAACCUACAUUCUACCCCAUGUUACUCAUGUGGAGACUGAGGCCCAGAGAGAGAAGGGGCCUGCCCACAAUGAAUGAGCCACGACUCAAGACUCAGCAGAGUGAGGGGGUGGAGCAGUCCCUGUCCCACACAGCCCCCUUCAUUCUUUCACUCCCAGACUUGAGGCUAAAAGUGAAAGCCCCCUUGAGGAGCCUGGGCAGGCAGGGAGAGAGAAGCUACAGCCUUCAUCAGAACUCUUGCUCCUCUUAAGGUGCUCUCCCAGCUCCUGCCUCUGGACUGGCCCAAUACCUGAAAGUCCUGAGGCCACCUUGGCACUGCCUCCGGCCUGCUCCUUCCUGGAGUCUCCCCUAGGCAAUGUGAGCACAAAGAAGGAACUAGAUUUUUUUCUUUUAUUCUGUGUCAGAGAUCACUCCAAGGGGAGUCAGGGUGUAUCAUUUCUUUAUUUAAAAAGCUUCCAGCUGCGGUGUAGGUGUGGACUUUGUUGUGAGAGUGGCCAGGAGCAGGCCAAGUGCUGCUUUGGGGGUCAGCAUCCAGUGUGAAAUACUGUGUAUAUAAACUAUACAUAAUGUAUAUAAACUGGGAUGUAAGUUUGUAUAAAUUAAUGGUUUAUUCUUUGCAAAUAAAGCUUUCCCACCCCCCUCUGUUUUUGAAA